GUCAAAGGCUAAACAAUACACCAUCAUUAUGGGGUUCCCCCGUUUUCAAGCCGAAUUCCACCCCAGUUUCACCAAAUUCUCCCCCGCGCCUUUUCACAACGAGCAAUGUUCAUGUCUGAAAAUGCAAAUUGCAGACAAUCAAUGACCACAGGCAACAAAGGGCCAGCCAGCCGCUUUUUCUUUUUUAUUGAAAUAUUACCUUCGAGUCGGCUGCACUUUGAACUUCCCACCCACGCAGAAGACUGCUGCAAAAUGUCAAGUGUCAGCGCGAAUGUUGGCCAGUUUUUGUGGGCCGCCGCCAAAUGUCAGGAUGCGUGGCACGUGCGGCAAUUGCCGCAGUUGCUCCACCCAGCAGCAACAUCACCACCAGCGGCUGGAACUGAAAAAGCAGCAGUGGCUUGUCACUUGCAGUUAAGUUCCAUAAUUUGCCAGACCAAGCCAACAACUCGGAGCCCAAUGCCCCAUUGCAUUAGCCACAGGCAGCUGUUGUGGCAGCUGCUGCCAUUCCAGGGAGACCGCAGCUUUAAGGAUGCACAGAACACUUGGUUCUAUGCUAUUGCAACGAGCUCGCAACAGUUUCAUUUUAAAUGCCCAUUAAAAUAAAUGGUAAUUUGUGAGUGGCUGAUAUCAGUAU